AUGUCACCACUAUCACAGAAUGGAAGUAGUUCAAAACAUGAUGCCAGGCUCACAGCCACAUCCAAACGACAAAAAUAUUUUAAAAGACUUCUGAAGUUUAAACAGAUGGACUUUGAAUAUGCCUUUUGGCAAAUGAUUUAUCUGUUUGUAUCGCCACAAAAAGUAUACAGAAAUUUUCAGUACCGGAAACAUACAAAAGAUCAGUGGGCAAGAGAUGAUCCUGCAUUUUUGGUUUUGUUAAGUUUUUGGUUAGUUGUGUCAUCAAUUGGCUUUGCUGUUGUAUUAAGAUUACAUUUCUUUGCUUUUGUUAAGUUUAUAAUUUGGGUUAUAUUUGUUGACUGUAUUGGAGUUGGAAUAGUGAUUGCUACAAUAUUAUGGCUAAUAACCAAUAGAUAUAUGAUAUCAGCUCCACCAAGAGGACAAGAUGUAGAAUGGGGAUAUGCGUUUGAUGUUCACCUGAAUGCUUUUUUUCCUUUGUUAAUGAUCUUACAUUUAUUUCAACUCUUCUUCUUAAACCAUUUUAUUGCUAUAGAUGGGUUUUUUCCAAGAUUAUUUGGUAAUUCUUUAUGGUUGAUAGCAUUGGGUUAUUAUAUCUAUAUCACGUUCCUAGGAUACAGUGCUUUACCAUUUCUAAAGAAUACCAGGACAUUAUUAUAUCCUAUAACAGCGCUUUUACUUGUUUAUACACUUUCAUUGAUAUUAAACUGGAACUUUAGUCGCGGUCUCAGUAACUUCUAUUCCUUUAGAGUCUUAUAG